GUGAUGUGUCAGCCAUCAGCCAGGGGUGUGAUCCGAGAAUUUCCGACGAUGUGCCUCCUCACUUCGUCCCGCUUGACGCAGGACAGUGCAGACCUCGAACAACGUCGUCGUCUUGCCGGCCGGUCGGCCGCCCAUCUCGUACACAACUCGCCAGUCGCGAAAUGAGCACAUGCCUGCACUCGGCACGGCGCAGCAAGUUAGUUAUUUGCAGCCACCCAUCGCUGUAGCUUUCUUCCCGUCAGUUGCGCGAAGUGCACCCGGUCCCGAUAGAAGAGCGAGGGAAGCAAGGGUCGCCCGUGCCCGUGCCCGUGCCGCUGUGCGACCCGACAAUAGCGGGGAGGAUCCAUCUCCCCGUCUCGCAUCUUGGCGCGCAUAGUCAGUCCCUCCCCUUGCCCUUGUUCUUGUCUCGGGGCUGGGCUCAGAUGGCGUAAGAUGCGGGAGGUCACGCCGAUCCGUAUGCGGGGCUCCCGCUCCCACACGCGACGCAGCGUGCGUUGGGGUGCACGCGGGCCGGGCGUCAACUCGACUUCUUUCGAUUACGUGCGAGACCCUGACCCUGACACUGUGACAGAUAGCAGCCAGCCAGCCAGCCAACACAUCCAUCAGAGCUCUGCGGUGUGCAAGGAGACACCGAGUAUGUUGGACUGCGCUCGGAGAGAAGCCCCGGCGGGAGGAGGCGGGUGACAGGGCGUGGCAAUGGGUUUAAUUUAGUCUCAGUCUCAGUCGUCGUCAUCUAGGUGGUUCCCGCCACCUACUCGGUGUCACGCUUCCUCCCGCUGUGAAGCUCGCACGCAGGGCAUAAUAUAACAUCACGCGUCAACACGCCUCCCCCCAGGAUCCCUGUCAGUUUCUCCGCAUGCACGGCCCCAGCUGUCCCGAAAGGCUCUCUUCCUGAUCGCCGCGCGCGAAACCGAAAAGGCAGAACGUCUAAGUAUCCACAUCAGACAGCGACCGACCGACUGACUGCAUCCAUCCAUCCAUCUAUCCAUUGUGUACAUCGCGCGAUGCUAAUGCUGCUGUUUGCCUUCGGUCUGGCCGGAGAUGACAUGACAUGCUUCGCCUGCCCAACUGCAUCUGCGGCCGGAUGCACUUGCCCCAGCCCAGCCCAGCCCGGCGCAACCCGAGGAAGCAUCCACACCCCCGAUGCGGCUUCUGCUUCUGUGGGUUCCGAGGACAGGACAGGACAGGACAGUUAUAAGUAUAAGUACAAGGACACGAGAAGCCGUCCGUUGUUGUUGUCGUGUGCGCCCCGGCUUGUUGGCACCCCCUGCCUGCCCCCUUCCCACCUCCCCGCAUCGCGACUGUCAGUCAGCCCCACGCUCGUUCCCCUGCGCGACUCCGAUGGCGAGCGCUCCGCAGCCGCUUCCCGAUGUGCAUCUGUCAUACGGGCCCAUGCUCGUUGGCGUGUUCUUCAAUAUGAUACUCUACGGGAUUCUCGUCGUACAGAUGGUCACCUACGUCCAAACAUACAAGAAGGACGCGAUCUGGAUGAAGAUCUUCAUGGUCUACCUCUUCACGGUCGAGACGACGAACACCGCGCUCGACAUGGCGAUGAUAUACGAGCCGCUCAUCCUGCAGUACGGGCAACAGCCGAAGUAUUUCCCCACCCUGUUCAUGGCCGAGCCGCUGUGCAUCGUCUUGAUAUCGAUGCCCGUCCAGCUGUUCUUCGCGUGGCGGAUCCGGCAGUUGACCAAGACGCUCUGGCUCCCGCUCCUCAUCGCGCUGCUGGCCCUCACGAGCUUCGCCGGCGGUAUUUGGACCACUGCCGAGAUCCAGAUCCUGCGUCUCUUCGCGAAGAAGCCGCUCCUGCACCUCCCGGCGCUGGUCUGGUUUCUGACCUCCUGCGUCGCCGAUCUCCUGAUCACGGUCACCCUGGUCGUCAGCUUGAGCAGGAAGAAGACGGGCUUCGCGGCGACCGAUUCGGUGCUCGAUAAGAUCAUCCGGAUGACGAUCCAGACGGGCGCAGCGACUGCGCUAUUCAGCAUCCUCGACGUCGUGUGUUUCAUGGUUCUCCCGCAUUACGCUGUGAACUUUAUCUGGGAUCUCGCGCUGUCGAAGCUGUACAGCAACUGCCUGCUGUCGACGCUCAACGCGCGCGUCAAGUUCAACGCGGCGUCGUACUCCUCGACGUACCCGCCGCACCAGCACCCCCGCGGAUACGUCAUCUCCCCGCGCGGGUCGAACAAGGACGGCAGUUUCUUGACGACGCAGCAGGACUCGACAUUCACGCCCGAUCCGCUCGAGUUCGGCAUCCGCAUGACCAAAGUCGUCGAGCGCGUCGUCGAUCCCUCGCCCCCCUCGUCCGACUCGGCUGUAUGAUUUGUGUGAUGGAUUGGUUGGUCAAUCGAUGGGUGCAUGGAUUGGCAGGGCCUCUCUUUGGUUGACCCCCUCCGCGAGUCGCGUAUGUAUACAUAAUUAUGUGCGAACGGGCGGUGGGUCCAGCGGUUCUGGCACGCAGCGGACGUCAGUGUAGUAGUGUGUACUUAUUAGGGUAUCCGGGUCGGCUACUUGGGGUGGGCGUCUACCAUGUGCUUAUUCGUAAAAACUGUACGUUAUUGUUAAAUGAAUGCUUUUCUCGUCCAUCGUCGAAGCGUUGGUUGCCGAUGCUCGUGCAGAUCAACCCGUUCGCUGGGGAUAGCAGACCACGUGAAGAAUCGAUCAUGCGGAAAAUCAGUCACGUGAAAGAGAGGCCGCACACGGACUGGAUCCGGAGCUUGGAAGCCCAGCGAUAGCAAUUGACAUAGCUAGCGGCCGCUGAUCGUGAAGGCCCUGGUCCAUAUUCCGCGGUGCCGUUAUGGAUUAGCGGAAGCAGAAUUCUACUCGCAAAUUUGUAGCCCUUACUCCGACUGCACUCCGGAAUGCCAACUCAUUCUAGCCGGACAGCAACCUGCUGUGCACCCAGGAGGUAGGUGGACUCAGAAGCCCGCGAGUGUCGAUGGGCAGGUAGUCUGCACCCGCGGCUGGCCCAGCGUCCAAUCUGACUGAGCCGUGGUAGGACUGGUCGCGGAAAGCUUCGUGAAGCACCCCGCGCACCCGAAUCGCGCGCACCCGCACGCGCUCCGAUGUCUGUCCCUCCUUCCCUUCCUCCCCAGAACCUCGCGUCGCGCGUCGUGUCGCUUGUCUUGUCCGGUGGGAACGCCCGCUCUUCUCGCGACUGCGCCCGUGUCUCGAGCCGGGAUUCAGCUCGACAAGCCGGAGCCGGUGGAGUUGGAACAGAAGCUCGUAUCUUCCUUCCUUCCUUCCCUCUUGACGCCGGAUACACUUGUGGGUCGGUGUCUGUCCAUUUGGCUAUGGGCUCCGAAUCCUUGUGCGCUCCUGUUUCUAUCGUUACGGCUUCGCUGUCCUAGCUGGAGGCGACGCAGAGCGUUGCCGCGAGCAGCCAGGCAGUGCUCCACAAUCCGGGCGUCUGGGCGAUGGACGUCUGUCGAGCACCGUUUUGCCGCGCUGAGCGGAGGCAGGCUCCGGGUAGUAACACUACAGCCCCGGUGAGCGCGUUGAUUGUACAAAGGGAGCCAGAUGCGUGCACACCAUUCCACGGCUGAACCGUAUGCAGGAGACUGGUGACGUCCGAAGCCGCCCCAGCUUCGAGAGACCCUGCGAAGUGCACCGUUCGAAGCGGCCCUCAGGCGCUGGGGACGCUGGACGUCGCCCCCUCUGAGUCCUAGGCGAUAGUGCAUUGCGAUUCUGUAGACCUCCACUGUGGGGGUGCACAUUCGAGUCCUGGAAGCCCGGUCGUG